AUGUCGCCGGCCGCUGGAGGUGCCUCGCCCGCGCGAACGGCGGCGGGCAGCUUCGCCCCCGCGCCGGCGCCGACGGCGGCGGCGAUCGGCGCGCCGCCCCGGCCGCAGGAGAAUCUCCGCGAUCCGGCCGCGCAGGCGGAGGGCCCCGAUCCCGGCAAUGCGGCGGCGAGGAAGACGGCGUGGAACGUGCCGCCGCCGCCGCCGGCCCCCGCUGGCGGCGGCAUCAUCGGCGGCGAGGAGUCGUGGCCGGCGCUCGUGGACGCGGCGCCGGGGCGCGCGGGGCCCAACUCGGCCUCCUCCGACUCCCUCAGGUCCCUCUCCGAUGGCUCCGCCCCCUCCGCGCCGGAGGAUUUGAUUGCGCCGUCUGUGGCAUCGCAGCCGGUUUCUAAUCCGAUCUCCACUUCCCCGAGCCCGAGCCCUGCGUCUACUUCCCCUCCUCCCAGCGCUCCCACCACGGCCCCAUCGCCACAGAACGGCAGCCCAAGCCAGCCAGAUUCAGUUCGGCAUGAUAGUGCUGGUCACGCUGGUAACAACCGAGGUACUGCCCAUGACGGUAACAAUGAACUGGUCAGCGCUGGCAAUGAGAGCAGUCGCGGUCGCAGCACUGGUAACAAUAGUAGUGAUGAGAACAGUAGUAGUGGCGGUGAUGGUAACUGGAACGAUGGGGGCCUUGGUGGCGGCAGCAAUCUAAACUCUAGUGUUCACAGUGGAGGCAGCAACCUAAACUCUAGUGUUCACAGUGGAGGCAGCAGCCUCGGCUCUAGUGUUCAUAGUGGCGGCAUUGGGGGCAGUGGUACUGAUAGCAGUAGAAGGGUGCUUAGCAGUAACAACUGGAACGGUAGCGGGCGUGGUGGUGGUGGCAGCAAUGACAGUGGCAAUGGCAGCGGUGACUGGGGAAAUAGAAAUAGCGGUGGUAGAGGUGGCGGCCGCUGGAACAACAAUGGUCGCAAUGAUAGUGGCAGCAGCAAUGGAUUUGGUGGUCGUGGUGGUCGGAAUCGCCGUGACCAUGACAGAGGGGGUAAUUUCUCCCCAAGGAACUAUUCAAGAGCUAUGCCAGUGCAACAACAGCAGCAACAGUCAGGUUUCUAUCAGCCUGGAGCAUUUCAGCGACCACCGCCGCCCCCGCUUGCUACCCAUUUUAUGAUGCCGCCGCCUUAUGGGUCAUAUGUUCCACCCUUUGGUUACCCUGGCGAUGUACAGGCUUUUCCUUACUAUGUCACACCGGUUGAGCAGCAGUUCCAGAACAUGCAACUUGUUCAGCAAUCAAUGCAGCCCUUUGGUGUUCAGCAGGAUCAACAAAGUUUGCAAAAUGAUAUUCGACAUCAGAUUGAACAUUACUUUAGCACCGAUAAUCUUUGCCAUGACACAUACUUGAGAGAACGCAUGGAUGAUCAAGGAUGGGUACCUAUUGACCUGAUCGCGAGUUUCCCGAGGUGUUCCAGGUUCACAAUGUUGGGAGUAGAUACCAACUAUAUACUAGAUUCUCUCCGGGGCUCUGAGCUGUUGGAAGUGCAGGGAAAUAAUAUCAGAAGACGCAAUGAUUGGUCAGCAUGGUUACUUCGCCGAGGACCCCCUCCUUCAAAUUAGGUCCAGUAAAGAUCCAGAUGAUGAGGCAAGACAGAGCUGCUUGUCAUUGCUGGAGAACCGAUUAGAAAGGAUCGUCUAUUUGAUCACGGGCGGGGGAGAGACCUGGUGGUAGAUGGAUCAUGUAUGUACAGAGAGGGUCAUAGUUUCAGUCGGACGAUUUUGUUUGCCUAGGUCAGACAUGUUGACUUGCACGUGGAAGCACAUCAAAGGCAUAUCAAGGGGGACAAACACACCAAAUAAUAGGAAAUAAAUUCCAAAAAGCACAAAUCAUUUUCUCUUUUGUAUGUAUAUAUUUCUGUCUGAGAUUAUACUAUCCUUGUCAUGUUGGAUGAUGUCCCGUUCACUUUUGUGCAUGUUCUAUGAUAUUUAUCUUGGGAUUAUACCGUCAUUUGGGGCGCA